UCCCGCCCCGGACAUGGCGGCGCGGCUGUGGCGGCUCUGCAACCUCCUCAUGGCCGCCUUCUUCGGGCUGGCGGCCGCCGUGCAGGUGAACGACCCCGACGCGGGGCUGUGGACGGUUGUCUACUUAGUGCCAGCUGCCCUGACACUGCUUGUCAGCAUCAACCCUUCAAUAACAGACAAUGGUGUUUGGAGGAGCCUCUGUGACCUUCAUUCUGCUGGCUGUGUUGUUGGGACCAUUGCCCUGGCUUGCUCUUUGUUUGCUUACAGUCAAGGAAAUAUUUUUCAUGAAGAGGAAGGCAGAGAAUUGUUUGGUCUGGUGAUUAUUACAAUAUGGAUGAGUCUUUGUCGCAGUUCAGCAAAGAGUCCCCUGGGAGGAGCUCGUUUGGUUGCUGCAGUUGUUGUUGCCCUUUUCCCCUUUGUUUCGUGGCUGUACAUUUAUGUGAACAAAGACAUGCGAGAGUCUUGGCCAACACACUGCAAAACCGUGAUUUAAUUGGGUGGGAGAAAGUCUGCAGUGACUAUGCUGACCUUAUUUGCCUUUGGUUUUGGUGCUUAACAAAAGGAGUGUCAGUUUGAUAGCACCCAAGAAUACCUGGCUGAUUCCAGCAGUGCCAGUUGAGAUUUAGUAAAAUGUUGAAGAACACUGUCAAAUCUUAGUGGGGAAUUUUUCUACAGAAACUGUUCACCUUGCUGGCUUCUUACAUUUUCCAAGCACCAUUGAUCUAAUGUCUGUUCUGAUGGUAUAUUCAGGAUAUCACUGUAGCCCUGGAUCACUCUCCAAUCACCUCGUAGUUUGGGAAAUCUACUAUUCUGUAAUAUAAGGGACAAAUAAAGCAAAUACUGUUUUAAUAAAUGACUGUUAACAGCCAUAGAACUUUCAAUAAUGUGCCUGGAUAACCCAUUUCAUACUUUUUGGAAAACUGAGCAGUCUGUAUUUUGUCCUGUGCUAAAAUCAUAUGUAGAAUAUAUCUGAAAAAAUUAUUUUUGCUAUUAUCUUUAACUGAAAGUCACUGGUUUUAAUGAAUAAUAAACACUAUUUUUUAUAA